CCCAGUUGAGCGGCGCACUUCUCGCGAGGCUGCAGGCAGGGCCGGGCCCGACAUGGCGGAAGAGGAGGUGGCCAAGUUGGAGAAGCACUUGAUGCUUCUCCGACAAGAGUAUGUCAAGCUGCAGAAGAAACUGGCAGAGACAGAGAAGAGAUGCACUCUUUUGGCUGCGCAAGCAAACAAGGGAGACAGCAGUGAGUCCUUCAUCAGCCGUCUCCUGACGAUCGUGGCCGACCUCUAUGAGCAGGAACAGUACAGUGAUCUGAAGAUAAAGGUUGGAGACAGGCAUAUCAAUGCUCACAAGUUCGUCCUGGCGGCCCGCAGUGACAGCUGGAGUCUGGCCAAUUUGUCUUCCACCAAGGAGCUGGACCUGUCAGAUGCUAACCCAGAGGUGACAAUGACCAUGCUUCGCUGGAUCUAUACGGAUGAGUUGGAGUUCAGAGAAGAUGAUGUGUUCCUGACUGAGUUGAUGAAACUAGCUAAUCGGUUUCAGCUACAGCUCCUUAGGGAGAGAUGUGAGAAGGGUGUCAUGUCUCUGGUGAAUGUCAGGAACUGUAUUCGCUUCUAUCAGACUGCGGAGGAACUGAAUGCCAGCACCCUGAUGAACUACUGUGCAGAAAUUAUUGCGAGUCAUUGGGAUGACUUACGAAAGGAGGACUUCAGCAGCAUGAGUGCUCAGUUAUUGUACAAAAUGAUCAAAUCCAAGACUGAGUACCCACUGCAUAAAGCUAUCAAAGUGGAGAGAGAAGACGUGGUGUUCCUUUAUCUAAUUGAAAUGGAUUCACAGCUGCCUGGGAAGCUGAACGAAUUGGAUCAUAAUGGAGACCUUGCUUUAGACCUUGCUCUUUCGCGACAACUAGAGAGCAUUGCCACCACGCUGGUUAGUCACAAAGCUGAUGUGGACAUGGUGGACAAGAAGGGCUGGAGCUUGUUACAUAAAGGAAUCCAAAGAGGAGAUCUCUUCGCUUCCACUUUCCUCAUUAAGAACGGGGCCCUUGUCAGUGCUGCUACCUUGGGUGCCCAGGAGACACCGUUGCACCUGGUGGCAUCAUACAGUUCAAAGAAACACUCAGCAAGUGUGAUGUCUGCAAUGGCACAGAUUGCAGAGGCUCUGCUGCAAGCUGGUGCCAACCCCAACAUGCAGGACAGCAAGGGCAGGACUCCCCUACACUUGUCCAUCAUGGCCAGGAAUGAAUACGUGUUCAAUCAGUUGCUGCAGUGUAAACAAUUAGAUCUAGAACUGAAAGACCAUGAAGGCAGCACAGCGCUGUGGCUCGCAGUGCAGUACAUCACUGUGUCAUCCGACCAGUCCGUAAACCCGUUCGAAGACCAACCUGUCGUCAACGGGACUUCGUUUGACGAAAACAGCUUUGCAGCCAGACUCAUUCAGCGUGGCAGCAACACCAACGCACCUGAUACAAUAACAGGAAAUUGCUUACUACAGCGGGCAGCUGAAAAAGGAAAUGAGGCAGCAGCUCUUUUCCUGGCAACCAAUGGCGCCCACGUCAACCACAGAAACAAGUGGGGAGAAACCCCGUUGCACACAGCCUGUCGGCAUGGCCUGGCUAACCUCACUGCAGAGCUGCUGCAGCAAGGUGCCAACCCAAACCUGCAGACGGAGGAAGCUCUGCCUUUGCCAAAGGAGGCUGCGUCCCUGAGCAGCUCAGUAGGCAGUGUCUACCUGCAGACCCCACUGCACAUGGCAAUCGCCUAUGAUCACCCAGAUGUGGUGUCUGUCAUCCUCGAGCAAAAAGCAAAUGCUCUUCAUGCCACCAACAACUUGCAAAUUAUUCCGGACUUCAGCCUCAAGGAUUCCCGAGACCAGACUGUGCUGGGCCUGGCAUUAUGGACAGGCAUGCACACGAUUGCAGCCCAGCUGCUGGGCUCUGGCGCUUGCAUCAACGACACCAUGUCGGAUGGGCAGACCCUGCUGCACAUGGCCAUGCAGCGGCAGGACAGCAAGAGCGCGCUGUUCCUCCUGGAGCACCAGGCGGACAUCAACGUCAGGACCCAGGAUGGAGAGACAGCCCUUCAGCUGGCCAUCAGAAAUCAGCUUCCGCUUGUAGUGGAUGCCAUCUGCACCCGAGGAGCGGACAUGUCCGUGCCGGAUGAGAAAGGGAACCCCCCACUGUGGCUGGCAUUGGCAAAUAACCUGGAGGACAUCGCAUCCACUCUGGUCAGACAUGGCUGUGAUGCCACAUGCUGGGGUCCAGGACCUAGCGGGUGUCUUCAAACACUCCUGCACAGAGCCAUUGAUGAGAAUAAUGAGUCCAUCGCCUGCUUUCUCAUUCGCAGUGGUUGUGAUGUGAAUAGUCCCAGACAACCCGGUGCUAAUGGAGAAGGAGAGGAAGAGGCCAGAGAUGGGCAGACGCCCUUGCAUUUGGCAGCUUCCUGGGGGCUGGAAGAGACGGUACAGUGUCUUCUGGAGUUUGGUGCCAAUGUAAAUGCACAGGAUGCAGAAGGAAGAACGCCUGUCCACGUGGCCAUCAGCAACCAACACAGUGUCAUCAUUCAGUUGUUGAUUUCUCACCCUGAUAUCCACUUGAAUGUACGAGACAGACAAGGGCUGACCCCUUUUGCCUGCGCCAUGACUUACAAGAACAACAAGGCAGCUGAGGCCAUCCUAAAACGAGAGUCUGGGGCUGCUGAGCAAGUGGAUAACAAGGGCCGGAAUUUUCUUCACGUGGCAGUUCAGAACUCCGAUAUUGAAAGUGUGCUGUUCCUGAUCAGUGUCCAGGCUAAUGUGAAUUCCAGAGUCCAGGACGCUUCCAAGCUGACCCCUUUGCACCUUGCUGUCCAGGCAGGCUCAGAGAUUAUCGUACGCAAUUUGCUUCUCGCAGGAGCCAAAGUGAAUGAAUUAACCAAGCACCGCCAGACAGCUCUCCACCUCGCCGCCCAGCAGGACCUCCCCACCAUCUGCUCAGUCCUGUUGGAGAAUGGAGUAGACUUCGCGGCUACGGAUGAGAAUGGGAAUAAUGCUCUUCAUCUCGCUGUCAUGCACGGUCGGCUCAACAACAUCCGGGUCCUCCUGACAGAGUGCACCGUGGACGCUGAAGCCUUUAAUCUAAGAGGCCAGUCGCCACUGCACAUUUUGGGACAAUAUGGCAAAGAGAAUGCAGCAGCUAUCUUUGAUCUCUUCUUAGAGUGCAUGCCUGAGUAUCCUCUAGAUAAACCAGAUGCAGAAGGAAACACAGUGCUGCUCUUGGCGUACAUGAAAGGCAACGCCAACCUGUGCCGUGCCAUCGUCCGGUCCGGGGCCCGCCUCGGCGUGAAUAAUAACCAAGGAGUCAACAUUUUCAACUACCAGGUCGCCACCAAGCAGCUUCUGUUUAGACUGUUGGAUAUGCUGUCCAAGGAGCCUCCGUGGUGUGACGGCUCCAACUGCUAUGAGUGCACUGCCAAGUUCGGAGUCACAACUCGCAAACAUCACUGUCGUCACUGCGGGCGUCUACUUUGCCACAAAUGCUCGACCAAGGAGAUUCCCAUUAUAAAGUUUGAUCUGAACAAGCCUGUGCGAGUUUGCAACAUUUGCUUUGAUGUUCUGACUUUGGGUGGGGUCUCCUAGUGAGCCCCCAGGAGGGUCCAGGCCACUCCCCGGUCACCUCCCAGCAGCUGCUCUGCUCACCAGCCUGACCCCACCCAGAGCAGGCACUGGCAGUCGUCUUCCUGCAGCAACAGACUGGAACAAACAGCUAAGGACCGUGGUGUGAUAGAGCCCAUUUCACAUGAGUCUGUAUGAUUGUCAGUGUGUCAGACUGAUCAAACUCACUAGAUGUCUCACUCAUUGGACCAGGCCAUUUAACCUAAGUGGUAAAUGUGAUAGGAACUAGACCCCAUUCUGCUAGCAACAUACAAGAAAGAACACUUUGCACACCAUUUUCUCCCCAGUAGCUUAGUGUCCAUCUCAGAGCGUUCAUGAAGCCUUCCUGCCGGGGCGGACCUACUGGGCAGAGCCUAACAGUCACAAGCUGGCGUCUGGCUGCUCCGUGCGUGAGAGCUGGCUGUACUCCGGGGUACAAGGCUGUGGACUUUUCUGCACAGUAUUUUCAUAAAGAUUAUAGGAUCCUCUUGCCCUGAAGUCUUUUUUUUUGGAAAAGCUAAGCUGUAUUUUUAGUGAGCUGCCCCUUUAAAAAAGGUGAAAUCUUUCUAAACAGGGUUCAAAGAUGAGAGCUGAAAAAUCGUGGCCUUAACAACUGAAAGCUUUACCAGUAUUCAUGCUACACGGGUGUCAGGAGUGCAGCCUGGCAACCUGACACCUUCUAGCAGCCAUCUCCUCUCAUCCCGCUGUGUCCUGUGUGUGGAGUCCUCUGUCGCUCUGCCACUAGGGAGUGGUGAGGAAAUGCACUUUUAUUGUGCUGCACUUUUUAUAUCGCUACAUUAUUGGUGAUUCCAAUUUAAACAUCCAUAUUCAAAACUACCCUCACUCGUCCAUGCAUCAGUGAGCCUAAUGAUCCGCUUUGACUGGACCUCAGCUCACACAAAGUCUUACAGGGAAAAACUGCUGCAGAGUGUCAUUUGGAGCAAGAGAGUCACACGGGCCAAGUGGUGAGAAGGGGGGUCUCCAGCCUCAGGCUGGCAGCUCCCAUCUCCGUGACAUGAGUGCUUCUUGCCGAAACCUUUCCGAGUUACGCUGUAAGUGCUAUUGGUCCCAGGCCCCAGGCCCAGUCCUGUGUAGCUUGCCCUGCCCCUAAGAGCCAACCGCCAAAGGCCCUGGCCAGGCGUGUGCCACCCGGUUUUGAAGGCUCUGGUGUGUAUGCUGAACAAGGCCCCCGGAGCUUACUGGGCCUUGUCGCUGCUAGUACGUAAUAUUAACCCUGAGGUGUUAAACUGCUUUUCUUUUGAAGGUUUGGCCAGUUUUUUAAAAUGCACAUUUAAAGAGAAACUUUUACCACUGCUUUAAAAAAAUACUCUGAGAUGAACAAUUAUGAGUUGUACAGUUACACUCAGAGAUUAACAAUCUCAAUCAUACGUACUGAUUUUUUUCAGACAUCUAAUAACCACUACAUUUUUUUCAUUAAUGAAGUAUGGAUAUAUGUGUAAAAGGGACUAAAUAUUUUUUUGCAACAGCCUGUUUUGUUGUUUGUUUGUUUGUUUUGGAUAGUGGUAUGUCCUCUAUGUUGCUGUAGAUUUAUACAUUCUAUUGCCUAAAUAUGUGUGUAAAAUGAGCUGAUAAACCAGAGUGCUACUUUUUUUUAAUAUUUCUGUGAUUUAUAAGAUAUAUAUGCUUUCUAUGUUAAUAUGAGCUUGUGCACAGUGUUUAAAGGAAAAGAUUAGAAGAGUUGGGGAACUAAAAAUCUGUGACAUAUUUCAUAUAGAAUUUUUAUAGAAAAACAACUAGUCUUGGCAUACACUUGACCGUGUGAGCCAGGUGGUCGGUUUCCAUCUUCUGUUGCCUGAAGAGAGGACCACAAGGAAGUGAGGCCUUGUCAGCUGGCUUGAUUCUUUAACUGGAAAGUAAGAUAAUUAUGCUUCAGCUAUGAAUUGAGGUGGUCGGUACUUUUAUACUUGUUCUUUUAACAUUCAUGGUGGAGAGAGGAGGACAGGAAUUCAGUUGGGGAUGAGGCUGAUUGUCCUGCCCCUGCCCUGCCAGACCAAUUUUAAUAACAAUCUUGCCUCUAAUUGCACUUAAAAUCAUGUUUAAAAUAUGUUGAGUCACGCUUCUGAUUUGUCGAGUCCAGGGAUAGCUGUGGUACUGAGCAGCCAUGGGUUAAGGAACAUUGUGUGAGUUCUGCAUUGGCUUCAGGGUGCAUCCUUGUAGAGCUAGAAAUAGCCCCUUUCCACAGCCUUAGGAAAUCUCCCUGACCCCCGCUGAUGCUUCUUACGGGGACGUACUCACCAGGUUCCUGGAGUGGGGGCUGCCCUGGUGGGUCGCCCCAGACACUGCCCCGGCUGGGACCUGACACAUUCGGUCCCCUUUGUGCUCUCCAAGCUGACAGGACUUGACUACAGAACUGCCUAGCUGUUCUUGUUAAAUUUUAAUCUGUAGCUUAAAUACUAGGAGCAAAAACUCGAUUUUAUUCAUUUAGAAAGUUGCCAAUUGUAGAACAGGAAAAAUAAACUUUGCCUAAUAUGAUUUGCUGCAUCCGUCAACAUUGUUAAGCUGAAUUAGCUCUUUAACUGAUCUUGCUCAUCACCAGAUAUACUAUACAGUGUAUUCCUAACAAAUUUUUUUUUUAAGAGAAAGGUACAAACCAUGUGCUAUAUAUAAAUCGAAUAGCUAAAACUAACUUGCUAUGAUCCUCUAACACAGGAAUUUCCCAUAAACUUAAGUGCCUACACGUAGGACUUUUUAAUUUUCAGUUACCUUUUUUAAUGGUGUCUCACAGAAUGAUGUGUUAGAACAUGUGUUGCAUUUGGAGUUUGUUGCCUGUGCACUGUCCCUCCCCCCACCCAACCACCAGUAUAGUCGAAGCGGGAUUAGAUUGCCCAGUUCACCUGCCAUACUCUCUCCAGGAGUGGGGUCCCUGUGACUGUUAGCCCUCUACCUCAGAGCCCUGAGUCAUUUCUGACUGCCCUGUUCAGCUUCCUCAGUCUUCUCCUGAAUGGGGUCCCUGCAUGGAGCUCAGCGUGCGUGCAGGUUCACCACCACUCCCAGUUCACGUCCCCCACCUGCUGUACUGAACGGUGUUGUGCUAACCAUGUCCAUAGGCAUGAAGUGGAGGGAAAGUCCGGGGAGCGGGGAGAGCCUGGACUCCACCUAGGUUUCAUUCAUCCGGAGAAAAAGAACACUGUUGGACUGUGUAAUGCUUGCACCUGAAAGGCAAACUAACUCCCCAGGUGACAGGAGCCUGAACAAGGAAAUGGAGCUCUUCACGAACAGACCCACUUGGAGCUUGCAGGGUGAGCCCGAAGGAGCGCCUGAAACAAGCUUUCUCCCAGGACCAGGAUGGCCUCCCUCAGGACCUGCCCCAGAAGAAUUGGGCACAGGGCUGGCAAGCCCAGCAGCUCCUAACCUGAAGCACAGAAGCCCCCCACCCCGCCGGGGAGAGGAGGGAGCAGAGGGCAAACAGCUUUCUGAAGAGGUUUGGAAACUGCAUUCUCAUUUUAUGGAAGUCAUUCAGUGAAGAGCUGAUUGUUUGACAAGAUAUAAACUAAACACUUAUUCAAUUCCCAGAAGUUAUCAUAGAUGCCUUAAAGACUUUCUUUGGAAGAUCAUUGCCUGUACGGUUCCUUUUGUGUGUGGCAUAAAUAAUAUAUUAACCUGUUACAACAGACGACACUGGUUUUCUGUAGCGAGGAAGGCUCAGAUCGGCAGUGUUCCACUUAAUGACUUGUCUUUUUUUGGUAGAUGUGUACAGCUGGCUGUUACCAUGACAUACUGUGUGAUACCGAGGGGAAAGGCAGUAGUGGCUGGGUAGAAACUGCAGGCACACAUUUGGGUUGCUCACCUUGGCUUUCAAGCCAUGUGGGGUGGUGCUGCGUGUGGGAUGAUGGCAUCGUAUAGGAGGACCAUGGCGCUUCUCAGCAUUGUUUCUUUGGAGUCUGUGUAAUGGAAUGUAUUUUUCAAAUACUGAUAUUUGCAUUUUCUGUAACAACUCCUUAUAAUAAAAUGAAGUAAAAUUGUG